GCUUUCGUAACAAUAAGAACUGUACAGUGAAGUGUGAGAAUUACAAACUAGUUGAGGUUUAGUGCUUUGAUCUAACUCUCGUCUGUCGUCUGCUUGUGUCCAAUAGGCGCCACGUGUCCUUCAAACUCCACAACUUCUGCGCGCAAAGAAAGGACGAAUAUCUUUUGAAUAGUUUUGGAGCAUACUCAAGUUGAGUGGUGAUAAAAGAGUCCACAAAAGCGGUACAAUUACGUAACGGAUACAGACAUCAAACGGCAACAAAAAUCGAAGAAAAUAUUUACCAAUGGCUUCCACUACUACAAGUCUGGACUAUAGGAUUAUAAUGCGAGUGGACCUAAGUACAAUAAUGGUUCAAAAUCAGCAUGCUGUCUCACUGGUACCACCUAAAAUCCAUACACUUUAUUCUUGCUUGAAUAAUGAUAAGUUUAGCGAUGAAGUACAUUUGCCAUUCUUUAAAGAGCCGAAAGCAAAAUCAUAUAAUCUGGAGGAAUUACACAAAACCACUGUUACGCCUAAUAGUGAGGCCAAUUUUGUGCUCAAUAAAGUGGAGAAAUACAUAAUGGAAGCCGAAGAAAAUGUUCUGCAACCGCAUAAGAAUACGGCGACAGAAAAAUGGCAAACACAAUCGAAAAACAAAGUUAAAGUGUUUCUAUGUCAACGUGGAAUACUUGCGGACAUUAUGUAUAUAUUGUAUGGUCUCACAAUCAAGCAAUAUAAUGAAGUAACGUUUUACGUUACGAAAUAUUGUGGUGUAUUUCAUAUGCGUGAUGAAAUUUGGACCUACAACGAGCGUGAAGAUUAUAAUCGUACAUUUUGGCAAUUAUGUUUUCCUGAUAAUACCGAUUCGGAUACUACGACUGACACUCCUGUUAAUGACUUAGUUUAUGGCAUCUUCAAAACUGUAAUGAAAGAUUUCCAUCUAAUCUACUCAGCAAAAAUUGGCGGCGUUAAAUCUAAACAUAAGAUUGUAAACACUCAUGAUAUGGAUGAAAUCAAUAAACUUACAUUCAUCGAGACUAAACUAAUUAAAGAAAAUAGUUUCGAGGAUGAUAUUUUAUAUCAUCCAAAGUCUUUUCUUUGGUUUCUACAAGGAUAUUUGGCUAACAUAAAGCAUAUUUGUGUGGGCGUAAUGGAUGAGAACCACACUGUACACACUCCAGUACAGGUCAAGCAAAUUAAAGACAUAACGAAAAUUCGAGAAUGGAGACCAGACAUUUACAUAGGUUUUCUACACACCAUACUAAAGUUGAUAGAAAAGACAAUGAGGCACGUAGAUUGUCCAUAUACCGUGUACGAGUUUAGAUAUGUCUUCACCGAAAAUUGUAUAAAAUUAAAAAAGCAUAAUGGCAAAUCGGAACAGUCAUUUUUAUCGGAGGAUUAUAUAAAAAAAUGUAAACAAUAUACAACAGAGUAAAAACAUUGACGAAAACAGAAACUUCGCCGUUUGCCAAAGAGGAAGGGAGAGAAAGAAAUAGAGGAAGAGAGAAAGAGAUUGUAUAAUUUUAAGUACUUACUUUGUUUCUUUACUCACCUUCGUAUGGAAGAUUGGUAAAUGGUUUUAAAAUAAGGAAGCGCAAGUAUUGAUGUGUAUUCUGUUUUAAUAUAUUAUAUUAUAUGUUUUCUUUCAAGGUAAUUUGAUAUAUAUUGAAUUUAUAAAAUGAUUAUGACAAUUUUAUUUAUUUAAAAUACGACGGAGGGCGGAGAAUAGUCGCUGAUCGGGUGACCGGGAAUGCGGUAUCCCAAAACGAUAAAAGAGAAGUGGGGUUCGGGUCGCUUUGUACGUCCCUUUUGUUUGUUGUGUUCGGAUGUGCAAUGUGGUGUCAUCGUGUAGUGUCAUCAUGCAGUUUUCAUCGUGUAUGGGUGUAGUUGUGUGUGCAUUGGUACGCAGUGUUCUCUUGAGUGAGGUGGUGAGUGUGCAGUGUUUGUGUUCUAUGGUUAUUUCGUAAUGGUGAAGUUGACGAGUGUCAGUGUUAUAUGUUGAGAUGCAUGGCAGACCGAAGCUCAUUUGUCCAGAGAUAUAUGUAUAGAGACGAAGAGAGAGGGAGAGUGAGCAAGAGAUUCAUUAUCGGCAUGAUGAGAAACAAAAGUCGCUCUGUCUGAACACUACCAAACUUCUUCUUUUGAUAGCAUUCAAGCAUGAGAUUGCCACAAAACUAUCGCCGUCGACAGCGCUUUCGUUGCACUUGCCACCAACAAGUUAAUGCACUGUUAGAUAUCAUCAAGAACAACAAGUAUAUCAUAUAAAUCGGGUAAUGCGCAUGUCUUGCCGCAUGGCUCAGCAUAUGUAGUGUCCGUUCAGACAGGGCGACUUUAGUUGCGGCAACUCGUAGUCAGUUGGAGUGCGAGCAACGAGGAUAGAACAAGAGCACCGAGAGGUC